AGAGAAAGGUGAAAAAAGAGUGAUGGUAGGGGCCCCAGACAUAAUAACCUACGUGGGCGUGCCCCUCGCGGUGCUCGGCGUCCUGCCCAUAUUCUACACCUGCAUCCGCUCAAUCCUCUCCCUGCGCUCGAUCCGCCACGUCCUCAAGACCAAUGGCCUCGCCUCCACAUCCAUAACCCGCGGCAGCCUGAUGUCCGGGAUAAUCGAAGUCGAAAUCCCACGGCGCAGAAUCACACCAUUAUCCCGCGACAGCGACCCCGGAUACUGGACCCUGAAUCCACAUACGAUUUCGCUACCCGGCGGGUCUUGGGCGACGCUCAACUGGAAUGAGCUUCUCACGGGCAGAGUCCUCUACCGGUGUCAGUAUAAAGAGGAGCUCCGCGUGCCGCCUGCGGAGAUUGUGUUCGAGGAGCUCGUGACGUUUUUGCUGGAUCGCGGGGCGGUUCCUGAUCCGAAGGGGUGGAGGGUUCUCAAGUCGAUUGGGCUGUGGACGCCGACGGGGACGGUGUUGUUGAGGGCGCCGGUUUCUGCUUCUAGGGGGAGUCCAGGUGCAGGUGCAGAGACGGUACUGAGGCUGGCGCCGCCGUAUGAUGGAGAUGGGAUUUUGAGACUGGCGCUGAACUGGAGGAAAGAGUGGGACUGUCGCGAUGUGAAUAGUUUGCCGCCGUUUUGGAUGCGGCUUGCGCGGCCACUUUGCGAAUCGCAUCAGAGGCCAAUCGGGACGGUUGUGAAGCAGUCGGACGACGAGCCCUUGCUGGGCAGUCCAAUGGCCUCGUUGCUCGCAGAAAUAAGCGAACUACAUCGCUCAGCAGAGCGCGAGGAUCUCAGCGACGGCGUCCGCUUCCAUUCAGAGAGCGGGCACGUCCAGACGGUGUAUUUUGAAACAAAGGGCGCCCUCACAGGCAAACAACACCAACCCUGGCACAAUUCCACUCCUGCAAGCGCCUGGUUCACCUGGACUGCAGCAGCCCUCAGCCAAAAGAGCUCCACAGGCCUCUGGAACGUCUGCAUCCCCCCAGAAAUUACCACAUUCGCCACCAAAUCCUCCAUCCCGGGCGGCGUGCUCGUCCUCCUCGAGAUCCUCGACGGCACCGCAAUCCCACCCUUUGCCGAACCACCUCCAGACCAGAGCAUCGACAUCAUGCAGCGCCACCGCGCAUUCGUCGAGGGGCAACGGCAGCGCGCGAUCGAGGAGAAAAUGCCCCCGGCUCAAGCGGCUGAAGCGGCGCGGGCUCGCAUGCUCGCGCAGUCUCAGUCGUUUCAUGAGCAGCAUGUGAAGAGUAUCCAGGUCAAGAAGGAGUAUGAGGCGAAGAGGGUUAUCGGGGCGUUGAAUUCGAUGCCCCUGUCGGUUGCUGUUGUUGCAGAGAAGUGUCGGCUUUAUCUCGUUACGGAAAACAUCAUUCCAGCACGCUAUACUCUCGAUGAUCUGGCGCGGGCGAUACUAUACUUGAUGAUUGUGUCAUCCGAGGCUGCAAAGGUCAUCACGGAGGUCCUGGAGCAGUGGCGGUCCUGGGCGGAGAAGAGUGGGCUCAAUCAGCAGCAUUUGGAAUAUCUGAAAGCGAACAAGAUCUGGUUCUGCUAUGCGUCUGCGUUACUGGCGGUCAUUGAGCAGGCCGGACAUUCGGAGGCGCAGCUCUCGCUGGAUAUGAUGGAGUGUUUGAAGAUAUGGCAUACUGUUCAUCUGGGAUAGAGUCGGUUUCGGACUCAGCGAAGUCAACUUGAUAGAUGGCAAUGGCUACAAUGCAAACUGUUGAAUACUUGGA